AUGGAAGUGAUGAAUGUAAAGGAAGCCAACAAGCCACCAGCAAACGCGGAACUAGACGAGAUAUCGAAGCGAGGCGAGGAGCUACGAAAACGAGAUGGACGAUCCAAGUACAAGCUAGUCGAGUCGGACAUCUACAAAACGGAUCCCGAUCCGAUGCCCUCCAAUCUUAAGGAUCAAGUACGUGAGUUGUUGGAGUCAAGAAACUCGGUGGAGACGACGACUACGCAGAGGGAUCAAGACAAGUCGGGAUAUGUGACGGAUGUCUCGACUGCCACGUGGAAUUUCUCGACACUGGACUAUUCGCCUCGCUCUGUGGUCAGUAUGAAUGGAGCGAGAUAUGAUAUUCUCAAGACGGUCCCACCUCUUCGCACCAAGACUCCGCCCCCACCACCACCGCCCGUUCGUCGCCACGAGAUUUAUGAACAGCACGAACGUUACACUUCGGCUCCAAAUCUUCAAUCGGCCGUCAUUCGUAUUCAGGAUGACAAGCCGCGUAGCAUUAUGAAGAGACGUGAGCUCGAAAGUCGUGAGCAAUUGCUCUUCCCAACUGUCGACACCCAGGUUGUCAAGUCGUUUGUCAGAAAACCAACUGUCACUGAGACCGUUCAACGUUUCGAGGAGACUCGCCGUACUGAAGAGGUUGAACGCCGUGUGCAACGUCGUGAGAAGAAAGAACGUCGUAGUCGUCAUCAUUCCUCCUCUCGUCAUCAAUCUGGAUGGGAGGGACAUACUGGUGGAUACCAAGAGCAUCGCGUCGGAGCCAUCACUUCAUCGCUUCCACGUCGUCAGAUCGUGCGUGAAGCUGACCGGGCGAUGACUGAGGAGGAGAUGAACAAAGUGGUUCGAGAGGCCUAUGCAGCUGCUGAUGAAGCACGCAGAGAUAGUCGUCACCGUAGUAGCUCAUUGAGCCGUGGCGGAUAUGUUCCAGGAGGUCAAGAAACCUAUUACCGCCAAGAAACCACUCGUCGUCAGCAACAUAACAAUUACGACGACAACUUCAACCGCGGAAUAGCGCAUGCGCGUUACGGUUCGUUGUCGGAUUCGUUGCGACGUGGUGAGCUUCAAUACGUACCAAACGGAGACGUUCGUCAAUCGUUCUACCGUGAGGGAGCGAAUGGAGGCGGUCAGCGAAUGCACAAGAGCUACUCGACUCGUGACGUCUUCACCGGUGACGCUGCUCACGACGAUCGUCGUUCGGUCUCCUCGUUCCGUCGUGGAUCUCAACAACAGGUCUCGCCGUUCGUCGAGUUCCCACCAACUCUUCCAAGACGUGGUGGUGGUGGAGACUACCGUCGUGAGGAGGAUCCAUACUUCCGUCCGGUGAGCAAGUCUCGCAGCUACGCUGAUUGGGAUGAUGCUGGACGUGCCGGUGUGGGACGUGAGGUUCGUCGCUAUGACGAUGAUAUGAGCAGACUUGAGGCCGAGUUCCGUGACUCUCUUUUGAUGCCAAUGCCAGCUGGAAACAUGAACGAGCGUGACCACAGAACCGAGCAACUUCCAGGAGGAUACGAGACAUUCGACAAGAACAGACAUGCCAACAGUGGAAGACGUUCGGGCAGAGAUGGAAAGCCAGUUGAUUUCUCGUAA